GACCCGACCCGACCCGAAAACCGCCAUUUUCCGGCAACCAGAAUGGCAACCACAAGGCCAAGAACCGCCGUCAAUCCCAGCGGGUUUACAACGAGCUCUUCACUCCCAAAGUUGAAGAAAGAGAUGAAAACGAAGCUCAUAUUCUACUGCUCCAACUUCCUGAUUUCAACCAGCAGCAUGUUAAGGUUAAGGUUGAAAAAGAGGCAGGGACGGUGGUGGUGACCGGAGAUCGGAAUGUGGGAAAUAAUAGGUUGCUUAUAUUGAAUAAAACUUACCCAAUUCCACGAAAUUCCGUAAUCGAUCGAAUUUCUCAUACAUUACGAGAUGGAGUUCUCACCAUUACAAUGCCCAAACAAACUGCCGAGUCCGCCACGCCACCAACUACUACUCCGCUGCCCAAAGAAUCAGAACAAUCCACCCCUGAGAAGGGGAGAGAAGAAACUCCGUUGGAAAAAUCAGCUCUGCCGGAGAUGAAUGGUGAAAUUAAGGAACCAGAGGCGGCGGCUCUUCCGAAAGACGAUUCAAGUUCAUCGAAAGAUAAGGGAAAAUCUGCAGAACUCCAAAAGCAGGCCUCGGCGAAGGCUAAUGAAGAAACUCCGGCGGCGGCGGCUGAAAGGGGUCAGGUACAAGGGGAUUCCGGCAAGGCGGAAACGACGCUGGAUCGGAAAAUUAGCAGCCCAGAUCAGAAGAAGCCAACAGAGAAGAAAGAAAUUGAAAAUCAAAAUCCAGAAAAGGGGAGGGAAUCUAAAACAGAGGAGGUAGAUAAGAAUGUGGGAACAGCCAAGAUCGACGCCGUAACUCCAUCUCCGAGAACGACCAGAGUAGGGAAACUUCCCGGCGGCUUCACUGUCCAAAGGAUGCAGUUACUGACGACGGUGAGUCUCUCGGCGGCGGUUGUGAUAGCGGUGUUGGCAUAUUUCGCAUAAGCUUAUUACGGCUUGUCAUUUGCGACGCAACGAAGCUGAAGUUAGCAAUGAUUUCUCAAUUAAUACUAAAAAAUAAAUGAAAACAUUUAAUA